CGCGUUUCCGCUUCCGGCGGUGGCAGCGGUGGCGCGCGGCGCAGCCAUGGCUGCUGGUGGCAGCGAUCCUCGGGCCGGCGACGUAGAAGAGGACGCCUCGCAACUCAUCUUUCCCAAAGAGUUUGAAACAGCUGAAACACUUCUAAAUUCAGAAGUUCAUAUGCUUCUGGAGCAUCGAAAGCAGCAAAAUGAGAGUGCAGAGGAUGAACAGGAGCUCUCGGAGGUCUUCAUGAAAACAUUAAACUACACAUCCCGUUUCAGUCGUUUCAAAAACAGAGAGACCAUUGCCAGUGUUCGGAGCUUACUGCUCCAGAAAAAGCUUCAUAAGUUUGAGUUGGCCUGUUUGGCCAACCUUUGCCCAGAGACUGCUGAGGAGUCCAAGGCUCUGAUCCCAAGCCUGGAGGGGCGGUUUGAAGACGAGGAGCUGCAGCAGAUUCUUGAUGAUAUCCAGACAAAGCGCAGCUUUCAAUAUUAAUCUCCAGACAUCACUCUGCUGCUUGGGAGGACCAUGUGCCCAGCACAGCACCACCUUCCCAGGGUCUGUGUCUGACUUGCACAGAAAUUCUAUUGCAGAAGACAGUUGGGCUUCUUUGGAGAGAACAGCUCAGCUGGUGUUGGCUUACAUUGCUGUUUUAAAUGACUGUUAGGCCAUCAUGACACAUAAUCUUGGAGCAGCCGUAUAGCUGCUGCCUGUGGCUUCCUGAAUGUGCUUCUGGGAAGAGUAAAGGGCGGGGGGGGGGAUGUGCAUAAGCCACACUGUUGACUGUCUCAUCUUGUGGUUUUGGGCCCCCGCAUCAUUUUUUUAUUCUUAAUACUUCAUGUUUUAAUUUCAAUGUGUUUAUACUUUUUGAAACUAGACCAGAACUUAGUAAACUUAUGUAUGGAAAGAACAGUUUUACCUAGAUCCCGAAGGAAGAAUUAAACUGGUGUCAUUAUUUGAAAUUCUUAAA